UUGGCUCUGGCCAACCCGCUCCCAUUGUGUGUGAGAUAGUAAAUACUGACACUGCCAGACAAGCCGAGCACAUAUUUCACUGCGCGAAUUAAAACACGUUCACCUGAGGUGAUAUUGACUAGCAAUGGCCCGUACUAAGCAAACAGCUCGUAAGUCCACCGGAGGCAAAGCUCCCCGUAAGCAGCUGGCUACCAAAGCUGCCCGCAAGAGCGCUCCCUCAACUGGAGGAGUCAAGAAACCUCAUCGCUACAGGCCUGGUACUGUGGCUUUGCGUGAGAUCCGUCGGUACCAGAAGUCUACUGAGCUGCUGAUCCGUAAGCUGCCGUUCCAGCGUCUGGUUCGCGAAAUUGCCCAGGACUUCAAAACCGACCUGCGUUUCCAGAGUGCCGCCAUUGGUGCACUGCAGGAGGCCAGUGAGGCAUACCUGGUCGGUCUGUUUGAAGACACUAACCUGUGUGCCAUCCAUGCCAAGCGUGUCACCAUCAUGCCCAAAGACAUCCAGCUGGCACGCCGCAUCCGCGGAGAGCGCGCUUAAACUCUCCCCUUCUUUGUAUCGCCCUCUUUAUUUCUUUCUGUCUCUCCACUUGUUCUCCUCCUCUUUCUUGUUAGAGUUUAGAGUAUCAGUGAUGGGGAGUAACUUUGUCUCAGUCUGCUAGUGCUGUCUAAAUUACACGUAGGGUACCUAUAUGUGCAUGUAACAGGUGCUGCUGAUCACACACACACAAACACACAGACAUAUGCGUGUGCACAAACACGUACUCUCACACAUUCACAUUUGGAGCGUAAACGAGGUCCACCUAUGCCCGGUUUAGGGCUACACAUUAAACAGACGUGCAAGAAGAAGUCGUCUCACACUUACUCCACUGUCCUGAGAGAAAAAAAGGGUGGUGUCUGGGGUCAGUCUGCUUAAGGGGAGCAGAAACUUCCACAGCAGGGUGCUACUAAAACUGCCUCAGUCCACCUUACUGAAACCUGUCCUCACCAAUCUCCUUCAGAAGGUUUAAUCCCACCCCCGGUUUGCCCCGCCCCUUCCUGACCCAUCCAGUCCUUACAUGUCCUUUUUGAAUCCCUACUUGCCCCUUAAUAGUGGAGUCAGACUUCAUCUAUCUGUUAGUGUCUGUGGGCGAUGUGAUCAGCAAAGCAGAAUCGUAUUCAACUGCAAACCAGCAUCUAUUGGUUGAAAAUAUGUUACUUGUAAUAUUGAUGAUUACUAUUAUUGUUGAUAUGGUGUCUUUUUUUUUUCUUUUUUUUACAAUGCAUACAUGAAUUUUUCAUUAGAAAAAAAAAUAUUAAUCCGCCAAGAAUCAGUUUGAAUUAAGUUUCCUUUUUUUUCUUUUUCAUAUUGUAGUGAAAGCCGAUCCUGCUCCUCCUGUUAUAACUUCAGGCAGCCACAGGGGGGCGCUCUAAACCAGCCUCUCAUUCAACCUCACUGUUCAACUAACAUCCUGAUCUUCCUUCUCUUUGUCUUUCGCACUAUUUUUUGAUCGUUUUUCACUCUUUCAAUUCCAGUUUUGUCAAAUUAAAGAUCGGCAUUAGAGUCAAAGAGUGUAGCAAAAAAUAUUAUUUACGUUUAGUACUAUAGUACUGAGUGAGUCUUUUACUUUGUUUGGGUAGAACUUUGCUCCUCCCUUCUCUUCGUGAAACACAAUGUAACCUCAUGUUUGUGCUUCUUUUAUUUUUCUUAUUCAGAAAUUUAAAUAAGCUGAUCUUUGUAUUUUCCAAAUUUCUCAUAUUCUGGUGGUAAUAAAUAGAUGUCACACAA